CUCUCUGCCCCUCCCCAAUUCUAAAAAAAAAAAAAAAAUCCCCAAAACUUUAAAGUAGGGCCUCUGUAAAUAAAAGGAGGGUUACAAAGGACGUCCAAGUUUUCCAAAAUCACCCCAAAUGAAAGCCAAGAAAAGCAACAAGGACAGUAUUAGUUUCGGGCAUUUGUACCUUCUCUACAAGUACAGAGAAUAUACUCAGUUACUGUUUAUCUAAGUAGCAGUAAAUACUCUGGGAUACUCCUCCCAUGGAGUUUAAUCUGUAGUGUUGAAAGACACCCCCAAUAAACAAAAUUAAUUACAUGUUAGAAAUAGAAAAGUGCUAUGGAAAAGGUCUGGAGGUGAGAGACCAAGCUCUGUGGAUACCUGGGGGUAUCUACCCAGGGUGUCUAUCCAGGCAGAGGAACAAGCACAAAGGCUCCAUAGUGGAAGCAUGCUUCACUCAAUUGAAGAAUGGCAGGCCAGUCUGGCUGCAGCAGAACAAAUAAGGGGAAAGUGGUAGAAGAUGAGAUCAGAGAGUUGGUGUGGAUGAUGGAGAUCUUGAAGGGCUCUGUGGGCCAUUGUAAGGACUUUGGCUUUGCUUGGAGAUAGGAGAGCAAGUGUGUUGAGAAUAGGAUAAACAGGGCAAGAGUAGGAGUGAGACCAGUUGGCAGGCAUUUGUAGUGAUCCAGGCAACAGAUGAUGGGUGCUUAGACCAGGGUGGCAGCACUGGAGGUGGUGAGAACUGGUCAGAUUCUGUAUGUAUUUUGAGAGUACAGCCAACAGGAUUUGCAGAGGAACUGGAUGUGGGUUGUGUGAUAAAGAGAAGGAUGACCACAAGGUGUUUGAACUGAGCAACUAGAAGGACGAGUUGCCAUUUACUGAAGUAGGGAAAACGACGGGAGUAAGAGUUACGGCAUUGGGGGAGGAAGGAUCUCAAAAAUUCAGUUUUGAACGUCCUAUACUAGAGAUAUUCAUUAAACAAGUAAGGAGUUGAGGAGACAGCUCAAGGUCAGAGGAGAAACCCAUGCUGGAGAUAUAAGUUGGGAGUUGAUCACAUUUGGAUGGUAUUUAGAACAUCUAGAUUGAACAAGAUUACUGAGAAGCGUUCACAGAAAAAAGAGCGGUCCAGGGAUUCCAACAUUUAGUUGGUUUCCAAAUGAGCAGCUUCAGCAUCCCUUGGGAACUUGUUAGGAAUGCAAAUGCUCAGGUCCCACUCCAGAUUCCCGAAUAAGGGUUGAGUUUAGCACUGUUUUAACAAAACUUCCAGGCGGUCAUGGUACAGUUUGAGAACCACUGGUUUAGAGGCUGCGGUCACUUUAUAUCAUCUCUGUUCCCGCCACAAUGGGCGGACUGAUAAUGGGCGCAGAAAGGAAGCGAUGCGGCUGCCUCCCCUCCUGAGGGAGCACCGCCGGUAGAAAGGGAAUCCAGGGUAGGUCGGGGGUGGCGCCCUUGGCUCGUCACAGUUGCGGGGCAGUGAACGUCCUCUGCGAGGCGGGAGUUAGUAAGGCCGAAUACAUCUUCUGAGCCGGGGCCCAGCGUCCGCAUCCAAGAAGGAGGGCCUAACACGCUUGGAAGGGUUUCUCAGGGGCCUAUCUCUCUCGGCGACCCAAUAAGUGCGCGACUGCGGUCCAGUGCCGGCCCGGAGUGGAGACGGCCGCCUGGCCAACAUCCCGCAGAGUCCUCUGGGAAGCGGCCACAGGUGACGUAGGCCGCGCCUCGCGGAGGAUUCUGGGAGUCGUAGUUCAGCCUCGAGAUCGGGCCGGCUCAACUUGGCCCGGCCGGCUCUUAGAUGCCUUUGUUGCUAGGCCGGGGCUGCUUCUGCGUGGUGCGGAAGGUCGAACCUGGGGUCGAGGAGGCCUAAGCGCGGGUCCUUCCAAGUCUGAGUGGACGGAAGGAGGGCGGCGGGAGGGCCCCGGGGUGGCGCCACGCUGCCCUGCGAGGGUCGCGCGCGCGUUCCCGGGCCUCUGAGUGCACCAGAGCGGCGGACCCCCGGGGUCCCUCGCGCGUUCGCUGCGCCCUUCUUCCGCGGCCGUCGUCGCCUGCGCGGGCCAGGGGAGGGAGUCUCCAUGGAGCCUGGGGGCAGAGGUGACAAGUAGCUGUGUAUGGAAGUUUCUGCAAGUUUACUGCAAGGCAAGAGUAAUCGUCAUGGCUCCUAUCUCCACUUGUAGGGUCGCUUUCUGAGGACUCAGACCUUCCCGGUGCUGAAAACCCUAAAGAAAAUGGCAUGAUCACUGUGUUGCUGACCGCUGCAUCCCAGGAGUCAUUGGUAAUCAGGGAUAUGGCCGAGGCUCUCACCCAGUGGAAGCAGCUGAACCCUCCUCAGGGAGAUGUGCCUGAGAAGCACAGGAAUCUGGUCUUGCUGGGGCUUCCAAUUUCCAAGCCUGAUGCGAUCUCUCCUUUGGAGUGCGGAAAGGAGCUGGAGAGAGAAGUCUCAAAAGCAGCUCUUUCAGACUGGGAGACAAGACCAGAGAGUAAGGACCUAACUCCAGAGCAGGAUAUUUCUGAAGAAGAAUCAGCCCCUGGGGUGUUAAUAGCAAGAUUUCCAAAGGAAAGUUCCAGUGAAUACGAGGAUUCUUCAGAGAGUCAGCAGGAAAACCAUGAGAAACAUUUAAUACAGGAGGUUGUCACUCAGAAGAAAUCCUCUGGGGAGAGAAGUUACCAGUGUCAUGAAUUUGGGAGAAGUUUUAGUCGAAGGUCAUUACUUGUUCAACAGCAAGGAGAGAGACUACAUAACUGUGAUUCAUUUAAAAAGAACUUAAAACAAAAUUCAGAUCUAAUGAGGCACGAGAAAGUUUGUGCAGAAAAGAAACCUUGGCAGUGUAAUGAGUGUGAGAAAGCCUUUAGUUACUACUCAGCUUUUGUCUUGCAUCAGAGAAUUCACACAGGAGAAAAACCCUACGAAUGUAAUGAAUGUGGUAAAGCUUUUAGCCAGAGUAUACAUCUUACGCUACACCAGAGAAUUCAUACUGGAGAGAAACCCUACGAGUGUCAUGAAUGUGGGAAAGCCUUCAGUCACCGCUCUGCCCUUAUUCGGCAUCAUAUAAUUCAUACUGGAGAGAAACCCUAUGAAUGCAAUGAAUGUGGGAAGGCCUUUAAUCAGAGCUCAUACCUCACUCAACAUCAGCGAAUUCAUACUGGAGAGAAACCUUAUGAGUGUAAUGAAUGUGGGAAGGCCUUUAGCCAAAGCACAUUCCUUACCCAGCAUCAGGUCAUUCACACUGGAGAGAAACCCUAUAAGUGUAAUGAAUGUGGGAAAGCCUUUAGCGAUCGAUCAGGCCUUAUUCAGCACCAGAGAACUCAUACUGGGGAGAGGCCUUAUGAGUGUAAUGAGUGUGGGAAAGCCUUUGGCUACUGUUCAGCCCUGACUCAACACCAGAGAACUCACACUGGGGAGAAACCCUAUAAAUGCAAUGAUUGUGCCAAAGCCUUCAGUGACCGCUCAGCCCUCAUUCGUCAUCAGAGAACACACACUGGAGAGAAACCUUACAAGUGUAAGGACUGUGGAAAAGCUUUCAGCCAGAGCUCAUCUCUUACAAAGCAUCAGAAAACUCACACUGGAGAAAAACCCUAUAAGUGUAAGGAAUGUGGAAAAGCUUUCAGCCAGAGUUCAUCCCUUUCUCAACAUCAGAAAACUCAUGCUGGAGGGAAAACCAAAGAAUACGGAAAAGCCUUUAGUGAGCAUUCAGCCUUUGGCCAGCAAAAGAGAAUUCAUACUGGAUAAAGACUAUGUAAAUGUGGUACAUUUGGAAGAUUUUUAUUGAGCAUUUACUAAACGUGGUAUGAGCGCUACAAAGGAGUUUAAGAAUGUGUCACAAACAAGAUAUUAAUUGAGAAGUCAUUGUUGACAUGGGACAUAGCUUACUUAGAAUGUGAAGGAGGAGUUUUACAUUUUUUUCAGUGCAACAGAGGACUUUGAAUUUCCCUGGGGAAAGAGGAAGAUUAUUUCCAGCACCCUAAUGUGUAUGUAAGCUUCCAAAUCCUUGAGAGAGAAACAGGGUGUGCGAUGAUGGAAAGAAGACAUCUUGUCUGGGCUGGGUCAUCUCUUAAUGCUAAGGAGAUGGAGUUUUAAAGAGAUGAGUGGUUCUUUAGGGAAGUUGCAGAGGCAGAAAUAAGAGAUUGAGAAUUCACAAUGAGUUUGUCCAGGGUUGAGAGUGGAGGUGAAAGGGAAGUUGUCCUUAGGCUCAAGUACAAGGGCACUUAGGAGGUAGAUGGGAAGGAGAGAGAAAGAGAACCGGGGGAAUGAACUCAAGAAAUGUUGAUUGAGAUAACUGCUCAAACGAGUGCUCCCAACUGGGGAAAUAUUCAUCAGUUGGUCAGUUGCAGUUUCUACCCUGAAGCCAAGGAACACUGGCCUGGCAGUCUGCUUCUGCACUUUCUGUCUUUGAGAUCUUGCUUGCUGAUUUGCUGCCUGCUAAGAAUCGCGUUAACUCCAAGGGUCAAGACUGACAGCCUAGAAAGUACAGCAGGGACCUUUGAUGUUUUCAGUCUAUUUUAAGCUACCUAUUUUAAGCUAAGUUCCCUGAGAAUGUGCUUAUUUAUAAAGAUGUUACCUCAAUUGUCUGUAGUUAGUACUUUAGGCUUAUUCAUACCAUAGGAAAAUUUAGUUGUAGACCUGAACUGACAUUGCGUAUUGGAUUGGGAAAGACUUGAAAAGACUCCCAAAAUACUUACCUUUCACCAUUUUACUCUUGCGUAGAAGCAGACGAUGUCUUUGUAUAUAUAUUUUUUUCAUUGAAACUUCAAAGGUUUGUCAUUGCACACAUUUUGAGUACUGUGUUUUUAGUUUUCACAAGUUUGUGUGUCUUGAUGUGGAUUUCUUUAAGUUUAUCCUGUUUUAUGAACUUCAAUCUGUAGGUUUAUGUCUUUUGCCAUAUUUGGGGAACAUUUAGCCCUCAUUUAUUCGAAUACAUUUUUUCGCCCUCACUCCUUCUCUCCUUCCAGGACCCUGAUGACAUGAAUGUUAGAUCUUUGAUUGUAGUUCCGAAGGUUCCUGAGGCUCUGUUUUUCUUCCUUUUUUCCCCCCAGUAUGUUUUAUCUCACUCUUCUCAGGCUACCAUAACAAAACACCAUAGACUGGGUGGCUCAAACAACAGAAUUUCUCAGUUUUGGAGGCUGGGAAGUCCAAGAUCAAGGUGUCAGCUUUGGCCUCUGGUGAGGGCUCUCUUCCUGGAUUGCAGAAGGCCAUGUUCUUGCUGUGUCAAGCCUUUUUUUCCCCUUUUUCUUUUUUCUUUUUCUUUCUUUCUUCCUUUCUUUCUUUCUUUCUUUCUUUCUUUCUUUCUUUCUUUCUUUCUUUCUUUCUUUCUUUCUUCUUCUUCUGUUUGUUUUGUGCUUACAGGUGAGGGAAAGCUUUCUCUUUCUCUUCCUGUAAAGGUUUAAGUCCUAUCUGGUUAGGACCCCAGCCUUAUGACCUCAUUUAACCUUAAUUACCUCUGAAAAGCUCUGUGUCCAAAUACAGUCACAUUGAGAGCACUUCAACUUGAAUUUGGGGGACACACAAUUCAGUCCAUAGCAUUCUGCCCGUGGCUCCCCCAAAUUCAUGACCAUGCAAAAUACCUUUGCUCUAUCCCAGCAUUCCCUCAGAUCUUAACUCAUUCCAGCAUCAAGUCUGAAGUCUUACCUAAGUAUCACAUAAAUCAGAUCUGUGUGAGACUUGAGGUGUAAUUUAACCUGAGGCAAAAUUCUUGUCCAGCUGUGAACCUGUGUAACCAGAUAAGUUAUGUGUUUACAAAAUAUGAUUGUGGGACAGGCAUAUGAUAGAUAUUGUCAUUCCAAAAGGGAGAAAUAGGAAAGAAGGAAAGAGUGAGAGGUCUCUAGCAAGUCCAAAACAUAGCAAGACAAACUCCAUGAAGUCUUAAGUCUUGAGAACAAUGCUCUUUGACUUGAUGGCCCACCUUACAGACCCACUGAGGCCAUGAUCCCACUUUCUGGGCCCACUGGUACAGCAGUCCCACCACCAAGGCCCUGUUGGGCAUCCCUGCCUCCAAAACUUUGGUUGUUGGCCAUCUGGCCUGUUGAAACGGAGGUGAUGUCCUCACCCUCUGAAACUGAGGAGGUAGUUUCAAACUGAUGAUCCUGAAAUUGGCUUUCGAGUCAUUGUUUUUUUGAAGCAUAGAGCAUGUCUAGCUGAGUAGCCCUAUUGUCUGGUCCUGUAGGAUCUAAGAAGUCCCAGUCUUCCUCCAUUUGUCUAGUUUUCCUGUCCCUUUAGUCCCAGCUGGCAGUGUUUCUUUUGGUAUAAUCCCAUUUUUAUUCCUGGCUUCUGUGAAGAAGGCUGAACUUAAUCAUACCCAUGAGUCACACCCAUGAUCUCUUUUUCAAGUGGUUGUUUAAGCCACACCCUAAGUGUCCUCUUCCGAACCAGUUUUCUCAGUUUUGCAAUAUGGGUGGACAGAAUUUUCCAAAUCUCCAAGUUCUAGGGUUUUGUUUUUUGUUUUGUUUGUUUGUUUGUUUGUUUGUUUGUUUGUUUUUGCUUAACAGUUCCUUCUUCGGUUCAUCUCUCUCCUCUCAUAUUUUGUGAUAAGCAGGAAGGAGGACCCAGGCUGCACGUUCAAUACUUUGCUUGGAAGUCCGUGUUGAACGUCCAGUUUCAUUGCUCACAAGCUGUACCUUCCACAAAACACUAAAACACCGCUCAGCCCGGUACUUUGCCACUUUACUACAAGGAUUGCCUUCCUUCCAGUGUCCAGUAAUGUGUUCCUCAUUUCUGAGAUUUCAUCAGAAUGGGCUUUAACAUCCAUAUUUCUAGUAUGCACCUCAAAACCGUCAGACUCGACCUGUUACCCAGUUCCAAAGAUGCGUCCACAUUUUAAGGUUAUUUGUUAGAGCAGCACCCCUCUCCUAGGUACCCAAAUCUGCUUGAGGGUGCCAUUACAAAAUACUGUAGACUGGGGGGCUCAAGCAACAGAAAUUAAUUUCUCAUAGUUCUAGAGGCUGGGAAGACCAAGACCAAGGUGCCAGCUGAUUUGGUUUCUGGUAAGAGGGUUCUCUUCCUCGCUUGUAGAUGGCCACCUUCUUGCCGUGUCCUCACAGCCUUUCCUCUGUGCGUGCAUGUGGUGUGGAAAGAAUCCUCUCUUCCUGUUCUCACAGGGCUACCAAUCCUAUCAGCUUAAGACCCCAUACUUAUGACCUCAUUUAAUCUCAACCUUCUAAAAGCCCUUUCUCUAGUCACCCAUGGGUGGGGGGCGGUUAGGACUUCAACAUGAAUUGGUGGUUUUGGAGUGGUUGACAUAUAAUUCAGUCCAUAGUAAUUUUCUCUCUGUUCUUCAGGUUGGGUAUUUUAUAUUGUUCUCUCUUCAACUUCACUGAUUCUUUCUCUGCCCCUUGCAGCCUGAUGUUGAGUCCAUCACUGGGUUUUAUUUCAGGUGUAUUUUUCUGUUCCAUUUGAUUUUCUGUAUUCUGUGUUUUUGUUUUUGUUUUUUCCCGAGGCUUUUUUAAACGUGUGUCAAGCAUGUUUGUAAUUGUCCAUUGAGGCAUUUUAUGAUGGCUGUUUUCAAAUAUUUAUCAGGUAAUUCUAGCAGCUGUAUCAUUUCAGUGUUGGCAUCUGUGAGUUACCUUCUCCUGCAAGUGCAGAUUUUCCUGGUUCUGUGUGUGAUGGUGAUUUUCAGUUGAACUCUGGACAUUUUGAGUGUUAUGUUAUGAGACUCUGCAUCCUGUUCAAAGCGUCUGUUUCGACAGGCUUCCUCUGACACCGCACUGGUGAAGAAAGGGCUGAGGGGAGACUGCCUUGUUACUAUAAGUUGGUGUUGGAAAUGCAGGUUCACCGGCCUCUACUGACACUUGGAUCGGGGUCCUCACUACUGCUGGGUAGGGGUGGGAGUUACAACUCCCCACUAGGCCUCUACUGACACCAAACCAGUAAAGAAGGGGAGAAAUAUCUUGUCUCUGGGUAGAAUUGGAGGGCUACUCUCCCCACAGUGUCUCCAAUGACACUGCCAGGGUAGAAUGGGGAAGGGGUUGGUUUUGAAAAUUCUGUCCCUGACUUGACCCUCUCUGACACCAAUGUGGUGUGGGGUUGGGGCAUUGAGGAGCCUAUCACAGACCGGAGAGGGUAGAGGUGUAGGCUCCCCAUUUGGUCUUUAGUGUUUGGCUGGAGUAGGAUGGGUAUUGUCUAAAAAUUGCCUGUCUUGCUAGGCCACUCCUUUCCUCCUCCCUUGUCUAGAAAGAAGAGACUUUUCUUGGGCCUUUUUUUGGCCUGUGCCCGUUGACAUUUCUCAGUUGCCAGCUUCGUCAGAAUCUGAUCUGGGAUAAAUGAAGCAAAACAAAACAAAACAAAAACCACAACCCAAAGAACUCAGUGCUGUGUUGUUCUCCAGGUCUUGAAGAAGGACCAGUCUGUACUCUCUCCACCUUUCAGAAUCAUCUUAUGUGGUUUUAUACAUAAUAUCCAUACUCUAGAGAAAUAGGGGAAAAUACUACUACAUGUCCCAUGACAUCCUUUCAUUUGACACCAAAAUCACAGGUCAAGUUGUCAAAGCCUUGUGGUGUAGAUAGGUCAUCUGCAACCAGUUAGGAUUAAGGACCAAGAGGAAUGCUCACUUGUUCCUCAACUGUAAGUUGGCAAGUUGGUAGGUAGAAACUACCAGGCUGCAAGCUUCAUCUACCUUUUAGGGAACUAUAGUUUUUAAGUUGAAACACUAGUAUUUAAUUGUAGAUUACAAAUUUCAGAAGGAAAGAUAGAUAUGACUAAGAAUAUAAACUAUAGGGUUAAUUUUUUUCUUUAUAUUUGUUCCAAGAGCAUGUAAAAACCACUGGAGAAUUUACUUAAGAAUUUUGGUGGUGUUUUUCUAUUAUGUAUUAUCUAUUUGUAGAUAUCUGUUCAUUUUUGUUUGGUACAUAACACGGGAUAUCAUAGAGAACCAACAAAAUAAAGAAUGAAAAUAAUUGGGAUUUGGGACAAAUCACUUCAUCCUUUUAAAUCUGUUUCCUCAUUUGUAUGUUUUUAAAAAUGUAAUACCUCCUUCAGAGUGGCUAGAUUAUAUAGAUAAUGGAUGCAAAGUAAUUUGCAAGCUAUCAAGUGCUACAUAACUAUUAGGUAUUGUUGAUGUAAUCAUUUGUGACAUGUCCAUCAUGUAUGCUUUAUGAUGGUGUAGCCCAAUAAAAAUGACAAUGAAUAUGUCAAUGUGUCAAAAAUGA